AUGUCGCCCAACAACCGGCAGGCCGCUCAAACACAUGGCCUGGUUGGGAAGCCAUUGCUCUACUUCACCAGUGUCUUUGUAUCAUUAGGCGUUUUUCUUUUUGGUUAUGAUCAGGGUGUUAUGUCGGGCAUUAUCACAGGCGGGUAUUUUAAGGACUAUUUUGAUCAGCCAUCCCGAGCGGAGAUUGGUACCGUGGUGGCCAUUCUCGAAGUUGGGGCGUUCAUUGCCUCGUUGCUCGUUGGCCGAAUCGGUGACUUGAUAGGUCGCCGCAGGACUAUUUUAUACGGCUCCAUAGUCUUCUUCAUCGGUGGAGCUUUCCAGACUUUCGCCACGGGGUUGCCCAUGAUGAUGGUUGGCCGUAUCAUUGCUGGUUUGGGAGUCGGCGCACUCUCAACAAUCGUACCGGUCUAUCAGUCCGAAAUUUCGCCUCCUCACAACCGUGGGAAACUCGCGUGCAUUGAAUUCACCGGAAACAUUUCCGGAUAUGCUGCGAGUGUGUGGGUCGAUUAUUUCUGUAGUUUCAUUGAGAACGAUUGGUCGUGGCGCCUGCCCCUACUCUGCCAAUGUAUCAUGGGAGCUUUUCUUGGCUUUGGCAGCCUCAUAAUAUGUGAAUCACCCAGAUGGUUACUGGACAAUGACCAUGACGAGGAAGGCAUGGUGGUUAUUGCUAAUCUCUACGGAAAAGGUGACUUGCACAAUGACAAGGCCCGACAAGAAUAUAGAGAGAUCAAGAUGAACGUCCUCCUUCAGCGACAGGAAGGUGAAAGGUCUUACAGUGACAUGUUUAAGCGAUAUCACAAGCGGGUCUUGAUCGCUAUGUCUGCGCAAGCUUUGGCUCAGCUGAACGGUAUCAACGUCAUCUCCUACUACGCACCUCUGGUCUUUGAAUCAGCAGGCUGGGCAGGUCGAGAUGCUAUCCUUAUGACCGGCAUCAACGGAAUCUCCUACCUUGCGUCUACAGUUCCACCUUGGUAUCUUGUGGAUCGCUGGGGAAGACGGCCAAUUCUGUUGUCCGGAGCAGUAGCCAUGAUCGUGUCUCUCUCGUUGAUAUCGUAUUUCAUCUACAUUGAUGUUGCAGCAACUCCCACCCUAACGGUCAUCUUCGUCAUGGUCUACAAUGCGGCCUUUGGUGCGUCGUGGGGUCCUAUCCCGUGGCUCUACCCUCCGGAAAUCCUGCCCUUGAGCAUUCGCGCAAAGGGCGCCAGUCUCAGUACAGCCACCAACUGGGCCUUCAACUGGCUUGUUGGGGAGGUGACGCCAGUUUUGCAAGCUGUUAUUAAAUGGCGGCUUUACUUAGUGCACGCGUUCUUCUGUGCAUGCAGUUUUGUGCUGGUGUACUUCUUGUAUCCUGAGACCAGCGGAGUGCGUCUGGAAGAUAUGAAUGUCCUUUUUGGAGAUGCGACAACUGCCAUGCCGACUCCAGCUACCCAAGGGGAACGUGGCUCUCUCAUGAGUGCUGGUUCGCCGGUGCCUUCACUUGACAUCAGACGGCAGUACGGACCGCUCGGGGCGGACAAUGCUAUUCCGGGGUUGGACAUUGAUCCCCCGCAUAUUGCUACUGACGGCAACGGCAAAAAUGCCCGUGGCUCCCAGGAAGUCAGUAGUCACCGCUCCGAGGGCUUUGGCGGCUGGAUCUCAAAUAUGGUUAGCCGUCACAAGGGCUCGGGACAACGAGCACAAGGCAGUCAGUAUAGCCGACUCGGACAGGAUGAGGAAAGUUAG